AUGACUCGUCUUGCUGCACACAUCACCCGCUCAUCUAUCAUGUCUGUUGCAGAAUGCAAGCAUCUCCGUCCGCGACGAUUCGCGCCUCUCGAUCCGACGCGGGCGUCGGAUGCGCCAGUGUUGAAGGGCAUCGUCUUCGACGUAGAUGGGACCCUGUGCUUACCGCAACACCACAUGUUCUCAGAAAUGAGAGAGGCACUCGGCAUUGACCGCUCAAUUGACAUCCUCCACCAUAUCCGCGAUCUCCCAACAGCGGAGGACAGAGCUGCCGCUGUUGCCAAAGUGCAAGCCGUGGAGCAAAAGGCCAUGCUAGACCAGCAGCCACAGCCCGGGUUGACCCGACUUAUGGACUACCUGAAGUCGCGCAGUCUGCGCCGCGGUCUCUGUACACGAAAUUUCGAUGCACCCGUGCAAUAUCUCAUUCAGAACCACAUGCCAAGCCAUGUAUUCUUGCCCAUCAUCACGCGGGAUACGCCGAAUGUCAUUCCGAAGCCCGAUCCGGCGGGUAUCUUGCAUAUUGCGCGGGAAUGGGGGUUGACGAAUCGCGCAGAAAAUUUAAUCAUGGUUGGGGAUAGCAUUGAUGAUAUGACAUCCGGCCAUAUGGCCGGCGCAGCAACAGUCUUGCUUCUCAAUGAACGUAACAGGCAUCUCCAAGAGCAUGCCCACACCGAUCUUUGCAUCAACCAGCUAGAUGAGUUGGUUGAUAUCCUUGAAAAGGGAUUCGUCGGUACCCGGGAGUCAUAG